UGACUCGUUGAACGGAUUCAACAAAGCGAAAGCACUUCCUGUCCGCAAUCACAGAAGAGUCUUCAGAUCUGAACAUCAAGACAGAACCGAAUCAGAUGUUCUGUGGCACUGGAACAUGAUUUCGAUGAUAAUUAGCUCAUCUGAGUCUCAGUGCUCGUGCAUGUGAUGAGCGUUGCUGGUUUCCAUUGGCAACGGGGACGCGCACAGAUUUCACACAUGCAAACUUUUCUCCUGCUUGUGUGCAGAUAUGACUUCAAGACAGAAGAAAGGUCUCAGAGGCUCUAUAGAUGACGUGUUGGGAGAUCUGCUGGGUGAUGAUGAACGUCCAGUGAAGGUCCGAUCUCCUGCUGCUGGGUCAAGCCGAUCCGCUGGUGUCCUCACAUCACGCAGUGGAAAGAAAUCACUUCUAGAUGAUGAUUUCUUCAGUAAACUGGCAGAAGAAGCCGAGAGAGAUGAUGAGGGUUCUGAUGUUUCUGAAGCUGAUCCUGCUGCUCUACUGGAAAGCAUGAAGAAUAUAGAUGACAUGGACGCUGAUCUGUUCCGCUCCAAGAAGAAGCCGAGCUCAGCUCCUGUUCAGAGAAAAGACUCUGCAGAACCUUCUAAAUCAGGAGACAAGACCAAAGAUACAGAGGGGAGAGCUAUUGAAGAGAAGAAGCCCAGUUCUGCUCCAGCAUCCACAGCGAGAACUUACAAGAAGUUCAGCUUCCUAGAUGAUGAUGAAGGUGGUGGUCUUGAUCCACCUCUUCCUAAUAAAGAUAAUGUGGACGAUUCGUUAGACGACCUGCUGGACGACCUGGAGCACAAACAGCAGCCGAAAACAAUGAAGAAAACAGAGUCACCCUCUUCUUCCUCCCCUGCCAUUCCUAAAAAAUCAGAGACGGUGUCUCCAGCAGCUAGUGUGAAGAAAAGAGAUGAUCUGACAUUCGAUGGUGAUGAAGAUGAUCUUAUUGAUGCUUUGGGCUUUGGAGAAACACCUAAAGUGAAAGGAAAUGGACUGACACAGAAACAAGAGAGUGAUCCUCCUCAGAGAGCUCGCACCCGACUGGAUGAGAUUCUCGGUAGAGGAACAUCUCCCCGUCUGCUGGAGAGACCCGUCACAGGAGAGAAGAAAGACACAUGGCAGACAGAGAAACAGACGGAGAAACUGCCGGAGAAGAUCUCAGCUGGAAAAGCCUCUCUUUUAGACGAAGAAGACUUCACGUUUGGGUCUUAUCAGCCAACGAUGGGCUCCACACCAGAGGGACGUCAGUCCAGGAGACAAUCUGUCAGAUUCUCGACUGAAGACGUGAGCUCUCACUCUCCUGAACACAAACCCAAACCCUCCACACGAGCGACUCGGCCCAGAUCAGACUGGCUCGGCCUGAAACAGGAUGAAGAGGAGGAGGAGGAGCAGAAAAUGGAGGAAGAGCCCAAACAAACAGCAAAAGAGACCCUGAAGCCCCCCACAUCUCCCUCCAUAGGGCCUCGAAAACCAUCCAGCCAUGAAACCCCUGCAGAACUGACACCCUCUUCACCUCACACCGCCCGGCGACAGAUGAAGAGAGAUGAUGACAAGGAAGAUGAUUGGCUCGCUGGAGCGCUGAGUCGCAAGAAGGCACAGUUAAUUAGCCAAUCAGAGGACAGAGAGGGAAAACAAGAGGAUUCACUGGCUCUGGGAGAGGAAGUAGACCAGGACACGUUUGUCAGCCCUAAACCAAGCAUCACUUCAACCCCACGUAGACGACAGGACGAGCCACAGGCCCUACACACAGAGCCAAGCAGGGAGUCCACUGGCCCCUCCAUUCAGCCUAACACAAGCAGAGAAUCUCAACAUAAACCUGGACCGUCUGCAGCCAAUGAGAACCUGUCGUCACAGUCCAGACAUGCUGAAUCACAACCCUUAACUACAGCCAGCAGAACACAACCCAAACCACAACCACAGACACAUGCUCAAGAGCCCAGAACACCCUCAGGAAGCAACGCCCAGACAGAGAUGCCCCCCUCUAACCCUGCACAGGGGUGGCACAUGCCAGCUAUAGCACCCCCUUCAGUGUGUUUGUCAACAGCAGAUGGCGAUGUACAUUUGACCCCAACACAAACUCUUCUAAAUGCAGAUGGUCUACAACAACUGCUGAUGCAACAACAGUUGUCUCAGUCUCAUCUGUGGGGUUUGGGUGGUCCUCUGAAUGUGAGCUUACAGUCAAAGCACUGGCGAGACACAGAUGAGCAGUCUAGAGACAUAACAUCACUGCAGACACGAAUUAUACAGCUGGAGGGACAGGUGAGGAGUUUACAGCUGGAGAGAGAUCAGAAUCACAUGCUGUUAGAGAGCAUUCAACAGAGACACAAACAAGACACCGAACUCAUGGACAACAUGCACAGAGCUCGUGUGAAGCUGCUGGAGGAAUCGGCCGCCCAGCGAGAGCAGCGGUCUCGGCAGGAAAAUGAGGACCUAGCGGAGAGGCUGGCUGCAGCCACGCGUAUGGCGGAGCAGGAGCGGGCAGAGCUACAGGCGCAGCACCAGCGCAGACUGGCACAAUGCCAACAGGACAGAGACAGAGAGGUGGAGCGACUCCGAGACCUGCAGAGGAAGUCGAUCCUGGAGAUGAAGAAAGAUUAUGAAGAUCAGAUUCAGCGACUGAAGAAACUGAAGGAUGAAGAGAUUGAUGCCGUGACCAGCGCAACAUCACAGACCAGGUCUCUGACGGUGGUCAUCGAGCAGAUGGAGCAGUUCUCUCACAGGCUGGGCGACCUGUCGUGUCGUGUGGAGAGCACGCAUGAGAACACAGCACAGGGUUUGGAGCUCAGUGCGAAACACAGAGACGCACAGCUUAGAGUUCUUCAGGAUCAGUUGAGUCAGCAGCAGCGUGAGAUGAUAGAGGAGAGGUCACGUCUCAAAGAGGUCAUCACCAAGAUGGACACGCAGCUCGCUGAGCAGCAGAGACAGCUGGAGAAGGAGCGCUGGCGGGUGACAUCAGAACAGGCGAAAGCAGAAUCCGCUCUGCGAAGACUAGAAGAGGAGAGACGGACCAUGACGCAACAGCUCGGCAUGGAGAGAGAGGAGCUGGAGAGGGCAAAGAGUGCUCUGUUGGAAGAACAGCAGUCCGUCAUGCAACACUGCGCAGAAGAACGCAGGAAACUCGCGGCGGAGUGGAGCCGGUUCCACGCGCAGGAGAAAAUGCGUCAGGAGCGCGUGGAGAGAGAGGCUAGCCACGCACUGGAGAGAGACGUGCACAGAGAGGGCUCCAUCAUCAGUAUGGCAAAGGAGCAGGCGGAGCUGAAGCUGUGUGCUGGAGAACUCAGACAAAAGGAAGAAUCACUGCAGAAAGAGCGAGAGAGCCUGGAGAGAGAGAAAGAGAAGCUGAGCGCCAUGGCACUGAGACUCAAAACACGAGCACAGGAGGUGGAGAGCUUCAGUAAGCUGGCGUCAGAGCGAUUUGAAGAGGGCGAGCGGACGCUGAGGGAGGCCAGACAGGUGGAGGCAGAACAUCAGACUCGACUACGCAACAUCCACACACAGAUGGAGAAACUACGGCAACAGGAGCAGAGCUUACAACAGGAGCGUUUGAAAAUGACGGAUCAUCGGCGAGACGUGGAGAGAUUGAGACACACGCUACCUGUCAAUCCUGUGACUCUGACUUCAGCUCCUCUCAUCACAGAUUUCUCUCCAGCAUUCACCAGCACACACGUGCCAGCUGGUCCUCCUGCUUCAGUGAGUCCUGUACCAGUUGAACUACACGCCAGACUCGCUCUCAUCAAACACACCGCAGAGAAGGACAGAGACUUCCUGGUAGAAGAGCAGUACUUCCUAGACACACUGAAGAAAACAUCAUACAACGCAGUAUUCAACACAUGACCACACGGAGACUGGAAACUUUUUUUUUUUUAAUGACAAGAUUUAAUAUGUGAAAUAAACACCAAAAACAGA